AGGAUCCGAACUUCACGGCGCAGAUCUUCGGCGGCCGCGGGCGCAUCGAGGAUCUGCGGCGCUUCUUUCAGGCCCUGCAUCGGAACCUCCAAAGGAGGUUGGUGAUCAUCACCACAGGCUUCGGCCCCUUGGUGGAAGCGGCCUUGGAACGAGUGGAUCUUCUGGGUUUCUUCUUUGAGGUGAUUGGAAGGGAUCAUCCUUUGUCAGAGGUGAAACAGGGUCGGAAGGAUCGCAUCAUAAAGGAGCUGCAACAGCAGCAUGGCUUCUCAUCCUUGCAGACCCUCUUCGUAGAUGAUGAUCCUGCCAAUGUCCUUCCAGCUGCCGAACACAGGAUCUGCCGCACCGUUUGGGUGCCGAGACCCACUGGUGGCAUGGAUAGCAUCAUGCUCAGGAUGAUUCGAGAAGCAGCCGAAGACACCACAGGUGAGAGCAACCGACUGUUUCGGGAGGAUUUCUCUCUAGCGGUGGGUCCGCCACAGAUCGUUGGGGCUCCCUCUCUCCACGCUGCUGUCCAAACAGCUUACCGGCGGUGACACCAAAA